AUGGGAAACAACAAAUCUCCUAAUGUCAGUAUGGACACCGCAGCAUUACCGGAGAAAGAUACAAGGAUCUCCGCAGACGACAAACAAUCACACUCUCCAGUAACUUCACUCAUCGAGAACCCAGCCCUCGUAUUGGAUCUUCGCUUAUUGCCUCUCGAAUCAUCUCCGGCCUCAAUCGAGAUCGCGUCGCAAGCUCCCAAACCGAAAAACAUCUGCGCGUUACCCAUCGACGUCUUAGCACACCUCGCCGAUGCUCUACCACCCGACACCGCAGCUUUGUUGAGUAUUUCCUGCAAAACCAUGUGGCGCACACUCGGAUCAAAAUACGUCGGAGCCCUCAACAAUCCUUACAGGGCUGUCUCUUUCCCCGUCCAUGCCAUGUACAGACGUAAUUUAAACAUCCAACUCGAUCGAAGCUAUCGCUACAACUUCCUGCGACUCCUUGCACGGGAUCUUCCAAAUCACAUUACGUGUUAUCCCUGCAACAAACUGCACAUGUUCGGUCCUGCAUAUGGUCAGAAUUUACUUGUGUAUUCGUGCGCUUUUCAUGUUGAUAACGCUCUACCCCUCUUGGAAGGAUACGUGAGCUUCCAUAUUUUACAAGCGGCAAUGAAACGUUAUCAUCAACGCCACAUCACUCUCUCAAUUCCUCUCUACGACGAAACCAUCACUUUCCUCAGCCCAACCUCUCAAUUAGUUGAGUGCUCUCGCGAGGCCAUACAUAUCUCACACACGACGAAUUCCAUAAUCGUUCGCAAGCAAAGAAUCCUACUACUCCCCGCCAACCAUCACUAUGCUUCCUACGAAGAUCCAGACGCUUCUAUAUCCUGGGACUAUCCCAUCUGUCCCCAUCUCAAAUGGGACUGUUUCUACGAUUUCCGCGCGCGCCAGCUCAGCGUCUCCGAUCGAUCCUUAGCAUCGCCGCGUUUCCAAUCGUGCGAUUACUGCAUGACGGAUUACCACAUCGCGGUGCAAGAUCGCAACGAAGAGGGCGAUGUGCUCUAUCUCACUCGCUGGCAGGAUCUCGGCUCCGGCGAGUCGCCGCGGGAAUUCAAUUGGCAAAACGCAAUUGCGAAUGGCACGGCUCAGGGACAGGAUAAAGUCUCGCGGUAUGCAUAUGAACAUGGUUCUGUUUGUGAGGCGUUUGAAAGGGUACCGGGGGAGAGAUUUGAAUUUGACGAGAGCAUGAGGGAGCAGGAUUGGGAAAUAGUGAAUAGAUAUCCGGUUUCGAGGGCGAGGGAUAUGCAGAGGGAGAGGGGGAAGGGUGAGAAGAAGCUUCCGUUGAAAAUUUUGACGGCUAGGGAUGAUGCUAUGGUUCGUGCGUGGUUUGAGUGA